AGGCGACCCGCUGCGCCGCGUUGCAGGGGACGAUCCGCAGCACCGCGUGCUCCUCGGGCCCUCAUAAGGCCGGCCAGGAUGCUGUCCGCCGCCGCAGACCCCAGCACUCCACCAUGUCGCACGCCGUCCACUCGCCCGCGCCGUCGUCGCCCGCCAUCGGCUCGUCGAUCGGCACGCCGACGCAGAGCAUCUUCGACACGCCCGCCGGCGCGCACCUGCGCGACGACGCCUCGUCCUUCACCACCGCCGCCAGCCUGCGCAGCCGGCGCAUCGACGAGGAGCCCGGCAAGGGCAAGCAUGCCGCCGCGCCGCAGCACCGCAGCCUGCUCUCGCCUCGCCGCGCCGCGUCGGCGCGCCCCGAGCGCCGCUCGUCGAGCAGCCUGCCGGCGUCGUGGAGUGCGCCGGUGGGCCUCGCGCCGGAUGCGCCGCGCCUGGCGCCCAAGCGCGGCCUCUCGCGCUCGCCGUCGCCGCUCGGAGACGGCCAGCGGCGCGAGGCCGCGCCCGAGCAGCCGGCAGCGGCCAAGCGGCACCACCGCAAGGCGCAGCGCCCCUCCAUUCCCCUGAGCGACGCCGAGUCGGCGGCGCCGUUUGGCGGCAGCGUGUACAACGACGUGCCCUCGUUCCGCCACUUUCGCGGGCCGCCGUUCGACGACCUCUCGCCCGAGACGAGCGUCGACAUGCACAUGGCGCCCGAGCCGCGGCGCGAGCGGCGCGGCGACGCCGUCAAGUUCACGCACCCGUGGCAGGAGAGCAAGGAGACUGCGCAGCGCAACAGCGGCGGCUCGGCCGUCAGCCCGCGACAGGUGCACUCGGGCAUUGUGCAGCCCUCGCGCUCGUCACGCCUCGCUCCGCAAGCCCGCGACGACCUCUCCGACGACGACGACGAUAGCGACGCCUACACGCUCGACGACCCCGUGCCGCGGCGCACGCAGCAGCCACGCCCGCCGCAGCUCUCGAUGCUGACCGACGCUAGCGGCCGCUUCAUGGAGCCGGCCGACGACUCGAGUGGGCUGGAGGACGACGACCGCGUCACGGCGGAGCGCAAGCCGUCACUGCCAAUGCCCCGCGAUGCCGAGCUGCUCACCGACUCGGACAGCGACGGCUCGUCGCCGGCGGCGGCCGCCAUCUCGCGCUACCUCAACGAGAAGCCGCGCGGCGGCCAGCGUCGCGCGCCCAGCCGCCAGCACGCAGAGACGGCCGAGGCCUUUGAGGUGGCGGCGCUGCGGCGCCAGGUCGAGCAGCUGCAGAUGUGCCUCACGCAGCGCGGCCAGCUCUCGCCCGAGGUGCUGCGUGCGGCCGUCUCGCCCGUGCCGGAGGAGCGUCGCCGCAAGCGCGACUCGCAGCUGCGAGCUCAGGCCGUGCCGUCCUCCUCGGCUUACCGCGAGCCGCCGUCGGCGCGACACGCUGCUCGUUCGCCGCGCCCGGUCCGCGAUGCCGUGCAGCCCGCGAAGGACUCGAGCCGCCGGGCCCAGCGCGAGGAUGCCAUGCGCAUCCAGGACCUGGCGCAGAAGAUCGAGCAGCUCGAGGCGCUCUUCCGCCACUCUGCCAUGUCGCCGGUUGGCGAGCGCUCGCGCACUGCCGCAUCGAUGGUACACCACUCGUUUAGCGACGAGCGCGACGUCGAAACGCCGCGUGCGAGCGUGUUCACGCCUGCCGGUCGCCUCGAGCAGCGCCACCACUCGGUCGACGGCCGCGCGACGGAGCGCGAGGCUGUCGCUGCUCCCAAGCGCAAGGUCGAGAGCCGCAGCAAGACGGUGCGCCUCGCCUCGUCGAGCAUGAGCAUCGGCGAGCACUCGGGCGCCGAGAGUGCGUUCCACUACAACCCCACGCCGUACUCGAUCAACCAGCUGGCGCCGGGCCGCGCCGGCAGCGCGACGGGCGCCGCCUCGGUCGACGGAGCGCUGCGCCGCAAGAAGGGCACCGGCGUCGCGCGCUUCAUCCUCGGCGCCACCUCUGCGCGCCGCGCCGACGGCUCCACCGGCGAGGCGGCGCCGCUGGCCACGACGAAGAUGAAGCGCGCCGGCCGCGGUGGUCUCGUCGCGGUGUCGUCGCCCGAGCAGAAGCGCGUGCCUCUGUGAGGCCGCCCAUCCUCAACUGUCACCUCUCCUGUGUCACCUUAGCGCGUCAUUGCAUUAGUCACCCGUGCACCGCUAGUGGCGCGUGUACUUGCGGCGGUCGGUGAGGCGCCCGACCUUGAUGUAGAGGAGCUGUGUGCGGCGUGUCAGUCAAAGGAGGGCUCUCCACGGAGAGCAGCUCGACGCGUACCUGUGCACGGUGGUUCUGCACAAAAGAGCGUCAGCAUUGACUCUGGGCUCGAGCG